UGGGACGCGACACAGCGCGAGUAUGGAGUUCUCGCAUACAUCGCGAGGCGUAUCGUACAACGACACUGCGCUCUGAGUUCUCCGCUUAACGACGAGCCAAACUAAAAACGACUUGAAAACGUCUGAAACAGCUUUGAGCGAAAACGGAAGUCCAAACACUUCCUCCGUCUGCAUGGCUCCGAAACCACCCGCCGAUACUUGAGCACAUUUUCUGGCGCGAGCGCGCCUCACUCGCGUAUGUCGCCGGGAAAUCCGCCGGCGCCGACGGACCGUCGAUUUUCCGCUCGCAUGAGUAAAGAAUUUGAGUUGCCGUGAACCGAGUCUGGGAUUGGUGUGCACACGAUCGGAUAUUACUUUACGGGUGGUGGUGAUCCGGUUGGUGGUGAUUCGCCAGGGUUCUUCUUGAAUUUCCUAAGUGAAGUUACAACCUGCUAGUCACCACCAUGUCGGUGCUACUGGAAGCGAGGUCGUACAGGCCUUUCAAGUCCUCGGAAGAGUACCUGAUUGCGAUGAAGGAAGACCUGGCGGAGUGGCUGAACGCUCUGUAUCCGGAACUCAGGAUCAAUCUCGACAAUUUCAUGGACAGGCUGGAUACCGGAGUCGCUCUAUGCAAACAUGCGAACAACGUGCGGAAAUACGCGGCGGACUACGUGGCCCGACGUCAGGCUCGCAAAAUGCCGAUGACACGCUCGAUAACCUCCCUGGCGCUGCCGAUGAGCCAGGUGGGCGACGUGCCCUACCUGCCGAACGCCAAGGCCGGCACUUUCUUCGCCCGCGACAACGUCUCGAACUUCAUCGACUGGUGCCGCAACAGCCUCGGCAUCAUCGAGUGUCUGCUCUUCGAGACCGAGGAUCUCAUAAUGCGUAAGAACGAGCGGCACGUGAUACUGUGCCUGCUGGAGGUGGCGCGUCGCGGCGCCAAGUUCGGCAUGCUCGCGCCUCUUCUCGUGCAGAUGGAGAGGCAGAUCGACCGCGAGAUCGCCGCCGAGAACAAGGCGGCGAAUGGCGCCGGGAAUGAGGAGAGCGACGACGAGUACGAGGAGGAGCAGCCGUGUCUCAUAUAUGGACCACAGCCGCAGAUCGUCACGAACGAUCUCAAGACUCUGCAUGAGCUGGUUCGCGAUAUCGUAGAAGAGUGCACGUGCCCGACGCAGUUCCCCAUGAUUCACAUCGCCGAGGGCAAGUAUCGAAUCGGCGAUACCAAAGUCACAAUUUACGUCCGAGUUCUGCGUAGUCACGUGAUGGUACGCGUUGGAGGAGGAUGGGACACUCUCAGUCACUAUUUGGAGAAACACGAUCCAUGCAGAUGCAAAAAUUCUCAUCGUUCGAUGGUCUCAGCGAAACUCAUUCAGAAAGCCGGCGGAUCCUUUGAUCUGGGCAACGCGCAGGUGCAUUACGAACGAUCGUCACCUCCGAGAACCCGGCGAAGUUCCGCGUCGAGCGUCGGCUCGGUGCAGAAUCUGCAAUCGGCGCAGCUGCACGCACCACCCAGGAACAUUUCCAGCAAUCGCUCGCGAUCGCCCACACCUCAUCGACCGACGGCCGGAAGCAAGCAACAACAAUCGAGCGAGGAGCGGAAGAAGCGCUCGAGGAGCCCUACGCCGCAUAGAAAAUUGCUGGCGAGUCCGAAUCACCAGGCCGACUUGACGAAGCAGAGAUCAAGGUCGCCGACGCCCAGAGCGAAUCUGAGAUCGCGAAGCCCGACGCCGCGCACUGAGCGAAAGAACACGGAUUCAGCGAGAAGAAACGAGGAGGCGCGAUCGCCAACGUAUUACGGAAGAUCGCAGGAAACCGGACGAGAUAACGGCCUAAAAGUACCAGGAGAAUUUACAAAACGAUACAUCGUGGAAGGCGGCGUGGCGCGCCGAGCCGUCGAAAAAGAUGACACGCCCAAGUACGAACCGUCCAUCUACAACUACAAGUGCAGCGAGGACUCGAGCGGCAGUCGCAGCCCGACACCAAGCAAGGAGGAACAACCGGCUAUCGACACUUUUGGCAAAGACGCGAACACCCAAAAGUCGCCGCACGCCGAGGGGGAGCAUUCGGACAAUUGCAGCGAGGUGUCCGAUGAGGGAUAUCGAAGUCUCGGGGCUGUCCAAUCGUCCACCACCAACGGAAACUCCAACAGCACGCAGGGCUCGCCCACGGUUGCCGAUUGUAAAAAGCAACCUUCAAAGACAGAGCCCGAGGAACGAUCUGGCGUGGAGACCGACAGCAUCGAGACCGGAUUGCGCAAGGUAGUACGAAAGGACAGACUGGCGAGUCCUCUACGAGUUUCCUCCCCAUCCCGGAGCGUGGCGUCUUCAACGGGAGAGCGGACUCCUCGUGCCUCUUCCGUUGUGCGAGAAAACAGUAAUCUAUCGAAAGCGUCGUCCGGCAGCAAGACGCCCAAGGACAGCAGUCCGGAAGGCAGUCCGCUGAGCCGAGGAAAUUCAGCGAUUCGCAAGAGCAACACGACUUAUGGAACUCUGCGAAAAUCAAUGGCGACCGGGAGUCUCAGCAAGGCAUCGUCGCCAAUACCUUUGUCCAGGCCUUCCAAAUCGUCCGUCAGUGGCAGCGCCACGUGGAACGGUCGUCAGACCAGACGGCGUGCCAGCAUUCAGACGGACACAUUUCUAGAUCCAAAGUCAACGCCGGCCACGUGCGCUACGACGCCAAGUUUCUCACGCAAGAGUCCGGGUAGGCAGAGUUUGCAGUCCCGACCGAAUGGCAUUCAAUACGAUAGAAACGGCAGAAGGAUUCGAGCGCCCAUUGCGGAUACCGGUUCCCUCCAGUCGUCGCCCACCAAAGUGACAAAUCCGCUACUCGAUCAGAUCUUGCAGAAGUUGGGCGAUUUGAAAGACGAGCGCGAAAUGGUACAGAAAUUGCAAGGCCUUCUGAAAGAUUACCAGACCGGCACGAGCGAUGACGACGCCGCGAACAUGGACCUGGCCAAGGUGUGGGUGGACAGUAACGGAGCUAUGACUGUGCCUCAAGAUGUUCAGGUAUCGGUCACACCCAGGAAGGAUCCGAAACCGCAGGAAGGAUGUUCAAGGAUACCGGUGCCCCGCGCCGUCUCCUACAAGAGACCCAUGUCUGUGGCGUCAGACAGUAUUUGAAGAUGAUUCUUCCCCUCGGGCUGAGUCUCGACGACGAUCGAGGUGUGUGUAGAUCCAGUAUGUAGUCUUCAUGUAUCAAGGCUAACUUAGACUGACCGGAGGGUCAGCGCUGAGGUCAAACAGACGUGUAAUCACAUCUUUUGCCGCGCUUGGGAUUCUGAUUCGAUUUUAGAUAGAUCGGACGUCUUAUGAUCAUAAUGAAAUAAAAAUUUGACGAGUUCAAAUAAUCGCGUGAAUGUUUGCAAAUUUUCGAAUCUCAUUGCGUCGUAAAUAUAUUAUUAAUAAAUAAGCUUUGUCUCGUUUAAAUAUUUGUUUUAUUGUCGACUUUAUCGUAACUAUAUACACAAAUAGCUCGACAUUCAUUGCUUUCUAUUUCUACUCGCCUACGCCUUCAAACAACCGUCAUCGUGUAGAUCGAAGACGUCCGACUCGGAGAGUAACUUAACGGGCCUUAACGGUACGGGGUCAAUCAGUUAGUAGCUCUUAGUAGUCACGUAUCGGGGUGGUGCUUAGAUGGUGCUGAAAAACGAGAUAACAUUUACUACAGAGAGCGAAGAAAGAAGAAAGAGAGAGAGAGAGAACGUGAAUAGAAUAGAAAAUUUGUAUCCUCUCUGUUUUUAAUUAUUUGACGCGAUAUCAAAAGUGGACAAUUGGCGGCGAGUCUCUCUAAUAGAAAACAUCUCAUCUACAAAGAUUUUUAAUAUUUUACACUUCUUUUUUUCUUAAAAUAAAACUUUGAAAUCUGAAAUCCAUUAUUUUGAUGAGUUUAAUUGUCUAGUGCUAAAUCAUAAAUUUUCCACGAAUCUUAAUCAAAAUAAAUUCAUUACGAAAAACAUCUACGAUAAAUUAUUUAUUAUACAAUAUUAUCUAUUUCUCUUAAAGUUGCAUCUUAUUAAAGAUGAUUUAUUUACGACCUCGCUUCGAGAGAAAGAGAGAGAGAGAGAGAGAAAGAAAAUGAAAGGGAACGGCAAACGUAGAGAAUUUUGAUUAGACAUUGAGGAUUGAGCAAGAACGAAAGGAUCCCACUCAGAUCUGUAAAAAAAAAAAAAAGAAAAUUAAACCAACUCCCCUUCCCCCGCCAAAACAAUAUACAAAACAGACUGCAUUAUGUAGAUAGAUGACACGUGUCGUCAAACAAAUGCCAUUCCAGUGUUUAACUGUUUUUUAUACCAAACGCGAGAGUAGCGCCAAUUUUUGUACCAAGUGUCUUAGUAACGAAAUAAGGCGGAGAGAAGAGAAAUUUAUUUUGUCGAAACGGAAAGAAGAAUAUUUUCUAGUAUCGUGUGAUGUACAACAUACGAUCACACGUGUGCGCAACGGUCGCGAGUAGAAAAAUUAUUUCCGAUAUUCGCGAAAACUGAUAAUGCUAUCGAUUCUUUUCUCCGUUCGUUUUUCUAUCCGUCGUCGGGGAGCUUUCGAAAAAAAAAAAAAAA